GCCGCAGCAGCAGCCACGGGCAGUUUCGCAUUUCUCGUCUCCUUUGGACUCUCCAAGUCCGUCGCUCGGCGCUCUUCGUGCGAACUUUAAAGCGCUUCGUGAUGCCGGCCGCGUCGCUCUCGUCGAUGUAUUUUCUUUGUUGUAAAUAUUUUGUUGUUGGUGUUGUUGUAAAGAGAACGUUUUAACCUUUAGCACGACUGUAGUUAACCUCUCUGUGUUAGGUGUCGUUUUAUAAAAAAAAAACUUUUAUUGAAACCGGACACAGUAUGAGCAGCGAAGGGCCGAUGCUUAACAGCGUAACAGCUCUUAGUGUGUCCACUGUUACGUUAUCGGUUAUGUGGUUACGUAUAUUAUUAUUAGUGUAGUAGUUUAAACGUUCUAAGUAUAUACUGUGCGUGUGUAUAUAACGUCGAGCAAAGUUCUAGCAACAUGUGCUUAGCAGCGAUGGCCCGUAGCUGAUGGUGUACUGCUCCGAGUAUGGUUAUACACGGCUAAGUUAUCUGUUCUAUAGUUAAGUAUAUUAGUGCAGUGGCAGCAUAAACCUUGAGGUUGCACACCUUUUUUUAGAAGAUCGGGAAUGUUUCUCGCUUCGUUUGGUAACCGUGUGUCGCCUUUCAUCGGCACGCCGCUUGCGUACGCAGUCGGAAUCUGCAUCUUAUUGUUGUUGGACGAUCUCUUCGUGUCGCUCGCAAUGCGUUGCGAGUUACAGAAUCUGAUCAUCGGAUAGGCAACGGUAGCAAUUCGUAGCUUGUCUUUUAGCUGGCGUAAAAACAAUUUUUAAGUCCAUUUAAAGCCAUCACUAUCAGCAGCAGCAGCUCCGAUUAACACGGUCGGUCGGCUACGUACGGCGCGAAAGAAGUUCAACACACACGGUAGCAUUGGGAGGCGACCACCACCACCAGCAGCACCAGCACCACCACCACCAGCAGCAGCACCACGCGUCAAGCCGAACCACUCGAAUCGAAGCGGCUCACGCAAAGCUCUCAUCUGGGGUGGCUCUCAUCUGGGGUGUCACGCCAAGAGGCGGCUGGCGCUGGGGCUGUAGCCCGCGACGUUAGCCCUGGGUUGGACUCCAGGUCGCCGGUCGCGAUGGAGGGCAGCUCCUCCGAGUGCAACAUCAAGGUGAUGUGCCGCUUUCGGCCAAGGAGCACUGCUGAGAAGACGGACACGGCGGCUGCCAGUCCGGCUCGUCUCUGCGGCGAUGGCGACACCGUGCUGUUCGGGGGGAAGCCGUUCGUCUUCGACCGAGUCUUCUCCUCGGAGGCCAUGCAAGAGCAAGUUUACAACGCGUGUGCCCGCGCAAUCGUAAAAGAUGUCCUGGAAGGCUACAAUGGGACGAUAUUCGCCUACGGUCAGACAUCGUCUGGAAAAACUCACACGAUGGAGGGAGACCUCAACGACCCGGAGCUCAUGGGCAUCAUUCCGAGGAUUGCGCGGGACAUUUUCAACUACAUUUACUCCAUGGACGAGCACUUGGAGUUCCACAUCAAGGUUUCCUACUUUGAAAUAUACUUGGAUAAAAUCCGAGACCUCUUAGACGUGGAAAAGGUGAACUUGUUGGUUCACGAGGACAAGAACAGGGUUCCCUACGUCAAGGGCUGCACGGAGAGGUUCGUAUCCAGUCCGGAGGAGGUGAUGGACAUCGUGGACGAGGGGAAGUCGAACCGGCACGUGUCCGUCACAAACAUGAACGAGCACAGCUCGCGAAGCCACUGCGUGUUCCUGAUCAGCGUCAAGCAGGAGAACAUCCUCACGGAGACCAAGCUCAGCGGGAAGCUCUACCUGGUAGAUCUCGCCGGCAGCGAGAAGGUGAGCAAGACGGGAGCCGAGGGAGCUCUGCUGGACGAAGCGAAAAACAUCAACAAGUCGCUGUCGGCGCUGGGCAACGUCAUAUCCGCGCUGUCCGAGGGAAACAAGGCGUACGUGCCGUACCGCGACAGCAAGAUGACUCGCGUGCUCAAGGACUCGCUGGGCGGCAACUGCCGCACGACCAUCAUCAUCUGCUGCUCGCCCUGCGCCAGCAGCGAGGCGGAGACCAAGUCCACGCUGAUGUUCGGACAGAGGGCGAAAAUGAUCAAGAACACGGUGACGGUGAACCUGGAGCUGACGGCCGAGCAGUGGAAGAAGAAAUACGAGAAGCAGAGGGAGCGGAACAAGAGCCUGCAGGGCACCAUCCGCAGCCUCGAGGCCGAGCUCCAGCGGUGGCGCAAUGGCGAGAUGAUGUCGCCACCGUCGCCGGAAGAGGAGGAGCGGCGCGGCGCGUGGAGGCCCCACGUGGCGCAGACGGCGCCGGGCGCUCCGCCCUCGCGGGGCGACACCGUGCCGUCGGCGUCGCCGCCGGCGUCGCCGCAGGCGGGAGACGGCGGUGGCGGCAGCGGCAGAAUCAGCGUCUACCCCGGACUGGACGACGCGGAGCCUCGCGUCGUCGAGGAGCGGCUCCGCAAGCUCUACCGCCAGCUCGACGACAAGGACGAUGACAUCACCCAGCAGGCUCUGCUGGUGGAGAAGCUGAAGCAGCAGCUGAUGGAGCAGGAUGAGAUGCUGGCGUGGUCGCGGCGGGACGACGCCGGCCUGCGGGAGGAGCUGGCGCGGCUGCAGCGGGAGAACGAGGCGUCGCGCGACGAGGUCAAGGAGGUGCUGCAGGCGCUCGAGGAGCUGGCGCUCAACUACGACGCGCGCUCGCAGGAGGCGGAGGAGGGAGCCAAGGAGGUGGCGCUGCUGCGCCUCGAUCUCCAGCGCAAGACGGCACGGCUGAGCACGGUGGAGGCCGAGCUGCUCCGCCUGCACGAGUCGAGUUCCUUCCAGCGCAAGAAGACGGCCGAGAGCGCCGCUCUGCUGCUGCGCGACGUCGCCGAGAUCCACGCCGCCCUCGGUGGCGCCGCAGACGGCAAGGCGGAGCAGCAGGCGGGCGGUGCGGAGGACGAGCUGUCCACGGUGCGCCUCGUCCUCACCAAGCUCAAGUCGGAGGCCAAGUCGGCGACGCGCCGCGCCUCGCAGCUCGAAGCGGAGCACGCCGACGCGGAGCGGCGAGCGCGGGCGACGGCGCUGGAGCUGGAGGGCGCGCGUCUCGUCACGUCGCAGCACGAGUCCAAGGUGCGAUCGCUCUCCGAGUACCUGCAGGCGUCCGAGCAGAGCAAGCGGCACCUGCAGGAGGCCCUCGAUGCCCUCGACGAGGAGGUUGUGACGCUGCGAGCACAAGAAGCGCGCGCCGUGGCCUUCAGAGACCAGGAGCAGGAGCAUCUCGACAAGAUGCAGAGCGAGAGGGAGAUGAAGGAGUUGGUGGAGCAGCAGCUGGAGAGCCACCGGGAGGCGCAUCUCCUGCAGCUGGCGCGGCUCCGUGACGAGCUGGCCGGGCGCCAGGCCCUGCUGGACCAACUCACCGACACCAACGCGGAGCUGGCGCUGCAGCACGGCGCUCUCCGCGCCGACUACGAGCGCCUGCGGAGCGAGGAGCAGGAGAAGAGCAGCCGCCUUCACGAGCUCACGUUGGUGCAUGACCGCAGGAAUCAAGCUCAGCAGGACCUCAAGGAGCUGGAGGAGACGGUGGCUAAAGAGCUGCAGACUCUGCACAACCUUCGGAGGCUGUUUGUGCACGAUGUUUCCACCCGCGUUAAGAAGAUGUCGGGGACGGACCCGAUGGAAAGUGCGGCCAACGGAACUCACAAGAUCGGCUUCCUGGAGUCAAACCUGAGCCAGCUCACAUCUAUCCACAAGCAGCUGGAACGUGACAACGCCGACCUGCGCGGGGAGCUGCCGCGUCUCGAAAGGCGCCUGCGGGGCACGGCGGAGCGCGUCCACUCGCUGGAGGGGGCGCUGGCCCAGGCGCGCGAGAGCGCCGUGCGCGAACGCAGCCGCCACCAGCUGCAGAUGGAGCGCAUCAAGGAGAGCGUGCGGGCCAAGGGCGCCGCGCGGCGCGCCAACGCUCCUAAGCGCGUGCAGCCGGGUCAGCCUCCGUGCACCACCGCCAUCCGCGGAGGUGGCGCCCUUGUCGUGAGCCAUCACAUCGCCGUGCGUGGAGGUGGAGGAGCCGGAGGUGGUGCUGGAGGAGGUCGCUGCGUUAAUCCAGAGACUGACGAUGCGGGGAGCUAGUUCCUUCCGGCAGCCUUGGCGACACAGUCAAGACGACGUUGCAUUGAGACUCAAGCAGAAGUCUGGACAUUCGUAAUCGCACACCACAAAAUCGUGUGCGUGCGUGCAAACACACACGCACACACACAGAUCCUUCAUUCAAUACCCCCGUACCCUGGGGAAGUUGAAACAAUGGGGCAAGUUUCUCUGUCCAUGACCCAUAUCGUGGGGUUAAAGUGUGGGUGCUCCGUCUUUCUAAGCGGUCGCGCCAGCAUGGAAGAGUAGGCCUAAUACUACUAGAGGGACCUCUGGAGCUGCCGCUUAGUGGAGGCCGUUCUGUGAGCAAAAAAUUGCAGGGCUGCAUCUUGCGUUUCUUUUUGGCCUGGGGGCACAUGUUAAUGAGCUCCUGUCAAGUCCGGCAUUGACGCUGGGAGCUUUAUCACGUGCAGUACACACACCUAGCCACGAGCGCGGAUUUUAAAGGACCGCAAUGCACCACACAUUACUUUUUUCAGGCCGAGUCAGUCUAAACUAAAAACAAUUAAACUUUUAUUUCACGAGGCCAAGGCCCACUCUGAGCUUUAUAGCUUUCUCAGAAGCGACUUUGCCACAAAAUAGCUCAACUUAGUGGCUUGUGUGGAAAUUUAUAGCAGCCAAAUACUCUUAAAACGCAUAUCGAUUCUAAAUAAGGCAAAAGCCGGAGGACACGGAGAAAAAUCCACGGGACCACGGGAAGAGAGAAACUUGCAUUCUUCAAAUAUACAGCAGGCUUCAGGGUCGAGAUGGAAACCCACGACCUCCUGCAUACCAGGCGAGGCAGUUAACAUCUCACCACCGUCGCGAUCCAGUGGGAGGUUCAGAGGAUGUUUUAGACGCGGAUCGUUGCAUGCGAUCACGAGCAGGAGUUGAACGCGGUUCUGCAGAAAUUGCAGCGCCCUCGCGCAAACCACCACGGCACACCAACACCAACCACGAGUGCCGCCCGUCGACAUGCUGCGCGAACCGCGUGACGCGUGUUGCGGUGAGACGAUGUGCUCCGCCUGGCCAAACAAGCGCAGUAGAAAAAGGACAAAAAAAACACGCGCGGGUUUUGUUCGGUUUUAAAUGUUACUGUAUCGUGAAACAUUUCUGACAACGUAGCAAUAUAAAUUAAUUGUUGUGAGAAAUAUGCCAAUUUGACUCGAGCACUUGCCUUAAUAAUUGCCGUGAUGAUUUUCCAACCCAGUUUAGUAUUUAAGCGAUGCGAUAAAGAUGCGUCUGCGCACGAUGACAUCUGCACGGUUGCGAGGGCUCUUCCUGCUUGAAUGUCCACAAAACAUGAACUGGACAUCUGUGAUGAGCUUCACAGCUCAGAUCCCCCCCAGUCUACAAUCAAGAAUCUGAACAUCGGAGAACUCUUAUUGAGUUCUCACCAAGGGUGGGACCAGGGGAGCUUCCCUUGGGCAACUUAAACUUCUCAUGCAAUCUCAGAUCUGUGCAUCACGAGGUGGCGAUCGAACGGCGAUUCAUCAGGUUUCGCCACAUUUACACUGGAGUGCUCGCGAUAAUUAAACGCAACUUGUAUAACGCGCGUUACGUUUCCACGAUUCGAACGCAUCGUUCGAAAGAAACGUGGGAGGCAGAGGAGUUCAAGUUUAUCCUAAGCCGGGUCUGAACAGGUGAGCCUCAACAAACGAGAACCUUUAAGCUGUCGCUUGAAGGGUGGAUGGUGAUCAGACGCAGAGAACGUGCAGCGAGUUCUAGAUGACUGGAACAGCUAUAGAAGCGUUGCUCAGCCAAGAGCUCGGCUAUAUAUUAAAACAAUGCUUAACGUUGCAAUUGUGUAGGAAAAUGCCUUUUUUCAAUUCCGCCGAUCUUGUUUUUUACAGAAAUAUUUUGCCAAAGAGGCUGACAGUUUACCGUUUUUCGUAACCCCAUACCACAUCAGAUCGCCCAGAAAUGUGCCCAAUCUCAUUUAGGCCUUGGAUGCCCAGAAAAUGUGACCUUGGAUCGUGCGGAGAUGGGUGACCACCAUGCACUUCCUAUGCCUCCAUGUCCUCUGCUUCUCACCUUCACAAACCCGCAAUGACUUGCAAGGUGAAGUACGGUCAGAUAACCCCCAUGACCUGCACGGUAGUGGGUGGCUCUCAUCCAGCAGUUGACUGACAAGAUAGCUGUACAAAGCAUGUAAAUGCCACACAAGAGCCACGCAGAUUCAUCUGACACACAGUACUCUGGUUGAAAGGCUUAAUGUUACCUGCCUGCUCACAAUUCUCAAUGUUCACAACUUAAUUUGGCAAAACUGCACAAUCUUAAUUUUCCACUUUUGAUGUCAAUAACUGGAUGCAUAAACUAUAAAACUCAAGAAAUCGGGGUUUAGGUCACAUGAGAGCCCAGGGUUUGAACCAAAGAAUGUGUAUUCUAUCAUGUACGCGUAAUGUGUUUUUGUUUGCCUCGAAUGUAUGCUUUUGAAUUCGUCAUUUGGUGUAUUUAUCUUAUUCGGUGAUCCGUGUGAUUUUUUUUGUUCGCGAGCAACAUUUGGUUUUGCUGUACGGUGUUUUAAUUUCGUAAAAUCAGGUCUCCAUUGAAAAAGGAGAAUUCUCAACGGGCUCCUGCCUGGUUUUAAAUAAAAAGUCACCGGUCUAUCAAUUUAUCUCAAGUGCCAACCGUUGUUUGCAAGGGGUCGAAGCAAUAUUUUUCAUAACAUUUAGACCAGUGGUUCUUAACCCCUUUUCUGCAGCAUGCACCCCUCUGGUUCUCAAUCGUUAGAACAUGCAUCAUGUUAUUAAAUACAUCGGUGUGGUUAAACAACGUAUGUUGUUACUUACGUGCCCCUGCUUAAUUUGUGUUUGAUUAUUUACCUUCUAAAAAAAUCUGGCCACGUCUCGCGCCCCCAGAAAGGGCAUCGUAUCCCAGGUUAAGAACCACCGAUUUAGAACAUUAUUCUCCAACUAUAAGCCAGAACUAAUAACCCACCACAGCCAAUCAAAAUCAAGUUGUCACGUAGGCAAAUAUGCGAGUUGACUUGGUUUAUUCCGCAAAACUGGAAUGUUGCAAAGCAGAGUUUGGUCCACACUAGGUGGCAGCACUUGUACAUGGACUCUGUAAAAAACACAAAGAAAUGUAAUUGCAUGACGGUCCGUCUUGGUAAUUUAUCUAAAUUCAAGUUGAGAGAAUUAAAACAAGUGCAAACCCAAAAUAAUAAGUGGGUUGUGUUUGUUCCGUCAUUGUGAUCGCUAGACGCAACUACAUUCUAUCACAGAGGAAGUAUCGACAAGUAAAGCAUCUUGGUCUAGAUCCAGUCCUGUGGAAAAGUGGAACCUGCACCUUAGGCCCACGUGCCAGAGGGGGGGGGCCUAGGUUAUACAUACACCCUGUGUAGACCGGCAGGUCUCUCUCAGUUCUGUCUAAACAAUAAAGUGCCCGGUACAUGCACAGCGUAAUCCCACUCGAGCCAAGACCUUUGUGCAAGCACUGUAAGUGUUGAAAGAAGUCACUUUAAAAGUGUGAAGCACGUCCAUCAGCCCCGCUCAAGUUUGCUAAUCCCUUUAGUGCGAGCGGUCAGCGAGCUUGUAA